AUGUCAGUGUACAACAGCAGUCACUUGCCGUCCUCAUUCAUCCUACUUGGUGCCCCUGGGCUGGAGGAGGUUUACAGUUUUAUUUCCAUCCCAUACUUUGUCAUGUUUGCUACCUCCAUUGUUGGGAAUGGACUGGUCAUUGUUGUGAUACUGCAGGACUAUAUGCUGCACCAGCCUAUGUUUCUAUUCCUCUCUAUGUUGUCCUUUACUGACUUGCUCUUCUCGGCCUCCACCUGCCCCACUGUUAUGAAUAUCUUCUGGUUCAACUCCAGGCAGAUCCGAUCUUUUUUGUGCUUGCUGCAGAUGUUCUUUGUCCAAACUCUCUCUGUGGUUUCAUCGGGACUGUUACUGGCCAUGGCCUUUGAUCGCUUUGUAGCCAUCUGUGACCCACUGCGAUACUCAUCAAUCCUUUCCAAUUCUAUUGUUGUGAAGAUCGGGGUGGCCUCAGCCUUGAGGAGCAUAGUCAUUCACAUUCCAUUGGUUUAUAGCCUUGAGCUCUUGCCCUACUGUAAGGGCAACCAGCUGUCCCAUUCUUACUGUCUACACCAAGACGUCAUGAAAUUGGCUUGUGAUGGCACCAACACCUUCAACAUUGCAUAUGGCUUGGUCAUUAUCCUGUCUACCGUGACAUUUGAUGCCAUCCUGAUCUUCAUCUCAUAUGUGCUGAUCAUGAAGGCUGUAUUUAGCUUGACUUCUGGGGUAGAUCGCUACAAGGUUUUCGACACCUGCAUCUCCCACCUCUGUGCUGUGUUUUUAUUCUACGUCCCGGUGGUUGCCUUGUCCUUUAUACACAGGUUUGGGACACAUCUCUCUCCUUCUUUCAAAAUAUUCAUGGCCAGUGUCUAUAUACUGAUCCCACCAAUGUUUAACCCAAUUAUAUACAGCAUCAAGAGCAAGCAGAUCCGUGGAAGCUUUGAACGACUCCACCGCCACAACCGUGUCAGAGCUUUACACACAUGA